GGGUGCCGUUCUCGUGUGAUUGUUGACGAAGCUGUAUUUCGCGGAGGAAGUUGGGUUGUCAAAAAUAUAGAAAUUAACUAUGCCAGGAUUUUUGUACCUGUUGUCAUGGAUAUCUACGCUCGUCCAUAUAUGUUUAGGAACUCUCGCUUUGGCUGCUGCAUUAUACUACCUUGCAGAACUAGUCGAAGAAUACACAAGCACGGCAGCAAAAAUACUUAGAUACUGGAUAUGGGUCACAAUAGGAUUGUACAUAUUACUCUUCUUAUUUGAGAACCUGCCAACAUCAGUAAUCUUGUGUGGCUUGCUAACACAAUUGGUUCAUCUCUCAAUUCUUCGCACAUUCCCAUUCUUCUUUUUAACUUCAUUACCAUUCAUCUUAGGUGUAGUUAUGUUCAUCGUAAAUCAUUACUUGGCAUUCUCCUUCUUUGCAUCGUACUAUUACCCAGCCUCGGAAGUAUUGGCAUACUUCACACUUUUCGUUUGGUUAAUUCCAUUUGGUUUCUUCAUAUCGUUAUCUGCAAACGAAAAUGUUCUACCCACACACGCUGAAACUCGUCCUCUAUUAUCAAAUGACGAUGAUUUUGUCACUGGUUACUUCAACAAAAAAGGCAAGCGAUAUGGCCUAACUGUCCUUAUUUAAUUAUCUAAAGGAAGGAAUUUUUGUUUUUUCCGCAAAGGGGAAAGAAAGCUUUUUGAACUCUUUAUAUGUAAAAGUUUGUUAAUUAUGAAAAUGUAUAGUUCAAUACUGUGAGUGUUAGUUUUUCAUUGUUGUAAGGGAAAAACAUUUUUUAGAGUUUUGCAUUAUUUAAGCAUAUGUAUGUAAUGUAAAGUACAUAAAAAUAGCUAGUCCUAGAAUGAUGUUCCACAAACUUGAAUAGGCUAGUUUGGUGAACACAGAUUUCUUUUGUAUGGAUAUUUUACAGUGAGAAAAGCAGAAUGCUGCGUUCAGCUAAGAGUUAGUUGACUGUGAGUCAAGUUCUGUUUUGUUUUGUCCAUUUGAUUGUUUUUUUUUUUUGUCGAUUCUUUUUGUAAUUUCUUUACAACUCUCCUUCAUGUCAAAGCUAACAAAACUCUGACCUGUCACAGCAUUGUUAGUUAGUGAUAUUAUUGUUUUAAUUUUAUUGUUAUUAGAUAGAAAUUAGC